CUGCACCGCCAGCGUGAUUCCCCUCUUCUCCUCCCGGUUUCGCUCGCCCCCAUCUUCCUCCUCCGUCGGCCGUUGCUGUUGCUUGCUCCAGCGAUCUUCCUCCCUCUACCAUACUGUCCACACAUACACAAACCCUACACCCUAGUAGCCCUAGCGAGAGCAUCAAAACACCAUGUUCGAUCGCGCUGUUCUUGCCAGAUUUGUUUAGUCCCCCUCUGAUUAUUCCUCUUUUCUGAAUCUGAAGGGUUCUUUGCUUGAAACGCAGACCUACCCGGGGACCUAUUAAUCCCUCCCCUGUCUCUUUCAUGCUCCCUGCUCCGUUGUAUGUAAAAGCAGUUUCUUUUUCGUGGUCCGGCUAUACUUCCACGAGUUCUUCUUCUUCUUCUUGCCUGCGAGAGCCUUGCUCUGUUUAAUUUCUUCGCCUGCCUGCUUGCCCCUUGCUCCUCGAUCUCCUCGGCUUGAGCAGUUACAUACACCGGCUUCUUGAUCGAUACAUCCUUCACCCAGACAACAACAUCGUCUAGUUCAAUCUUCCACAUAGUUUCUACGGACAAUUCACCGAAAACCUUGGCCAUCACGCACUUUCCUGCCGAUCGGCCGGGCCAGUUCACGGUCACCACGAACACAGACCGUACAAGUCCACAAGAAAUUCCCCUUCCGCCUUGAUUCACUGAGCAGUGAGCACAACCCCGCCACCGUCGUCCAUGGCGCGCGGCGGGCGGUCCGUGUCCCAGCCCGUGGCGGCGGAGCUGCUGCUGGUGCUCGCGGUGGCGCUGUGCGCGGCGGCGAGGCGCACGAGCGCGAUCGGCGUGAACUGGGGCACGCAGCUGAGCCACCAGCUUCCGGCGAGCACGGUGGUGCGGCUGCUGCAGGACAACGGCUUCGACAAGGUCAAGCUGUUCGACGCCGAGGACACCAUCCUCGGCGCGCUCAAGGGAUCCGGCAUCCAGGUCAUGGUCGGCAUCCCCAACGACCUGCUCGCCGACCUCGCCGCCGGCGGCAAGGCCGCCGACAACUGGGUCGCCAAGAACGUCUCUGGUCACGUCCGCGACGGCGUCGAUAUCAGGUACGUGGCGGUGGGCAACGAGCCGUUCCUGGAGACGUUCAACGGGACGUACCUGAAGACGACGUUCCCGGCGAUGCAGAACGUCCAGGCGGCGCUGGUGAAGGCCGGGCUGGCGGACAAGGUGAAGGUGACGGUGCCGUUGAACGCCGACGUGUACCAGUCGCCGACGGGGAAGCCGUCGGACGGCGACUUCCGCGCCGACAUCCACGGCCUCAUGCUCACCAUCGUGCAGUUCCUGGCGUCCACGGGGUCCCCCUUCGUCGCCAACGUCUACCCUUUCAUCAGCCUCUACGCCGACCCAAACUUCCCGCUCGACUACGCCUUCUUCCAGGGCUCCUCGUCCCCCGUCGUCGACGGCGGCGGCGUCACGUACCAGAACACCUUCGACGCCAACCACGACACGCUCGUGGCCGCGCUGCGCCGGAACGGCUUCGGCAACGUCUCCGUCGUCGUCGGCGAGGUGGGGUGGCCGACCGACGGCGACGCCAACGCUAACCUCGACUACGCCCGCCGCUUCAACCAGGGCUUCCUCACCCACAUCGCCUCCGGCCAGGGCACGCCGCUGCGGCCGGGGCCGGUAGAUGCCUACCUCUUCAGCCUCAUCGACGAGGACCGCAAGAGCAUCCAGCCGGGCAACUUCGAGCGACACUGGGGCAUCUUCUACUACGACGGCACGCCCAAGUACCCGCUCAGCCUCGCCGGCGGCAAUGGCUCGACGCUGAAGCCGGCGAGGGGAGUCAAGUACCUGGAGAAGAAGUGGUGCGUGCUGAAGCCGGCGGCGGACCUCGCCGACCAGAAGGUGGGCGACAGCGUCAGCUACGCGUGCGGGCUCGCCGACUGCACCAGCCUCGGCUACAAGACCUCCUGCGCUGGCCUCGACGCCAAGGGCAACGUCUCCUACGCCUACAACAUCUACUACCAGACCAUGGACCAGGACGACCGCGCCUGCGGCUUCAACGGGCUCGCCACCACCACCUCCGUCGACCCGUCCGCCGGGACAUGCCGCUUCAUCGUCGAGAUCGACGUCGGCGCCGCCGCCGCGCCCAGCUCUGCCAUGGCCGGCGUCGCCGUCGGGUGGGCCGCUGCCGUGCUCGCGGCCUUCGUGCUGUCCGUGGUGUUGUGAAACUGAAUCAAGCUUUGGUUUCCCUCGAUCGUCGUCACAUAGAUAAGACCGAUCGUGGUCUUCGCGUGCCCUUUUGUCUUGAGCUCGCUUCUGGUGAUGCCAGGAGAAUUAUUGACUAGUAUCUAGUAUUAAUUUGUUUAUCUUAAUCGCUACUGUUUUCUCUUGGUUUUGGAUAGCUCUUUCUUUGAUUUCAAUUUCGAAAUGUAUGUGUUAGUUAUA